ACGCCACCACUGGAACCCGGGGGAAGAUGGCGGCAGCCGUUCUGAGUGGGCCCUCUGCGGGCUCCGCGGCUGGGGUUCCUGGCGGGACCGGGGGUCUCUCGGCAGUGAGCUCGGGCCCGCGGCUCCGCCUGCUGCUGCUGGAGAGUGUUUCUGGUUUGCUGCAACCUCGAACGGGGUCUGCCGUUGCUCCGGUGCAUCCCCCAAACCGCUCGGCCCCACAUUUGCCCGGGCUCAUGUGCCUAUUGCGGCUGCAUGGGUCGGUGGGCGGGGCCCAGAACCUUUCAGCUCUUGGGGCAUUGGUGAGUCUCAGUAAUGCACGUCUCAGUUCCAUCAAAACUCGGUUUGAGGGCCUGUGUCUGCUGUCCCUGCUGGUAGGGGAGAGCCCCACAGAGCUAUUCCAGCAGCACUGUGUGUCUUGGCUUCGGAGCAUUCAGCAGGUGUUACAGGUAGUGGCUUGGAUGGUCAGACUGACAUUAACCGUGGCAUUUCUCAGAAGGCUUGUAUUUUCUCCUGCUGCUCUUUGGUGACAAUCAAGGUGAGGCUGGAAGCACGAGACAUUAUUUUUUCUUUAGACCCAGGACCCGCCUGCCACAAUGGAGCUGGCCGUGGCUGUCCUGAGGGACCUCCUCCGAUAUGCAGCCCAGCUGCCUGCACUGUUCCGGGACAUCUCCAUGAACCACCUCCCUGGCCUUCUCACCUCCCUGCUGGGCCUCAGGCCAGAGUGUGAGCAGUCAGCAUUGGAAGGAAUGAAGGCUUGUAUGACCUAUUUCCCUCGGGCUUGUGGUUCUCUCAAAGGCAAGCUGGCCUCAUUUUUUCUGUCUAGGGUGGAUGCCUUGAGCCCUCAGCUCCAACAGUUGGCCUGUGAGUGUUAUUCCCGGCUGCCCUCUUUAGGGGCUGGCUUUUCCCAAGGCCUGAAGCACACCGAGAGCUGGGAGCAGGAGCUACACAGUCUGCUGGCCUCACUGCACACCCUGCUGGGGGCCCUGUACGAGGGAGCAGAGACCGCUCCUGUGCAGAAUGAAGGCCCUGGGGUGGAGAUGCUGCUGUCCUCAGAAGAUGGUGAUGCCCAUGUCCUUCUCCAGCUUCGGCAGAGGUUUUCGGGACUGGCCCGCUGCCUAGGGCUCAUGCUCAGCUCUGAGUUUGGAGCGCCCGUGUCCGUCCCUGUGCAGGAAAUCCUGGAUUUCAUCUGCCGGACCCUCAGCGUCAGUAGCAAGAAUAUUAGCUUGCAUGGAGAUGGUCCCCUGCGGCUGCUGCUGCUGCCCUCUAUCCACCUUGAGGCCUUGGACCUGCUGUCUGCACUCAUCCUCGCGUGUGGAAGCCGGCUCUUGCGCUUUGGGAUCCUGAUCGGCCGCCUGCUUCCCCAGGUCCUCAAUUCCUGGAGCAUCGGUAGAGAUUCCCUCUCUCCAGGCCAGGAGAGGCCUUAUAGCACGGUUCGGACCAAGGUGUACGCGAUAUUAGAGCUGUGGGUGCAGGUUUGUGGCGCCUCGGCGGGAAUGCUUCAGGGAGGAGCCUCUGGAGAGGCCCUGCUCACCCACCUGCUCAGCGACAUCUCCCCGCCAGCUGAUGCCCUUAAGCUGCGUAGCCCGCGGGGGAGCCCUGAUGGGAGUUUGCAGACUGGGAAGCCUAGCGCCCCCAAGAAGCUAAAGCUGGAUGUGGGGGAAGCUAUGGCCCCGCCAAGCCACCGGAAAGGGGAUAGCAAUGCCAACAGCGACGUGUGUGCGGCUGCACUCAGAGGCCUCAGCCGGACCAUCCUCAUGUGUGGGCCUCUCAUCAAGGAGGAGACUCACAGGAGACUGCAUGACCUGGUCCUCCCCCUGGUCAUGGGUGUACAGCAGGGUGAGGUCCUAGGCAGCUCCCCGUACACGAGCUCCCGCUGCCGCCGUGAACUCUACUGCCUGCUGCUGGCGCUGCUGCUGGCCCCGUCUCCUCGCUGCCCACCUCCUCUUGCCUGUGCCCUGCAAGCCUUCUCCCUCGGCCAGCGAGAAGAUAGCCUUGAGGUCUCCUCUUUCUGCUCAGAAGCACUGGUGACCUGUGCUGCUCUGACCCACCCCCGGGUUCCUCCCCUGCAGCCCAUGGGCCCCACCUGCCCCACACCUGCUCCAGUUCCCCCUCCUGAGGCCCCAUCGCCCUUCAGGGCCCCACCCUUCCAUCCUCCGGGCCCCAUGCCCUCAGUGGGCUCCAUGCCCUCAGCAGGCCCCAUGCCUUCAGCAGGCCCCAUGCCCUCAGCAGGCCCUGUGUCCUCGGCACGCCCUGGACCUCCCACCACAGCCAACCACCUAGGCCUUUCUGUCCCAGGCCUAGUGUCUGUCCCUCCCCGGCUUCUUCCUGGCCCUGAGAACCACCGGGCAGGCUCAAAUGAGGACCCCAUCCUUGCCCCUAGUGGGACUCCCCCACCUACUAUACCCCCAGAUGAAACUUUUGGGGGGAGAGUGCCCAGACCAGCCUUUGUCCACUAUGACAAGGAGGAGGCAUCUGAUGUGGAGAUCUCCUUGGAAAGUGACUCUGAUGACAGCGUGGUGAUCGUGCCCGAGGGGCUUCCCCCCCUGCCACCCCCACCACCCUCAGGUGCCACACCACCCCCUAUAGCCCCCACUGGGCCACCAACAGCCUCCCCUCCUGUGCCAGCGAAGGAGGAGCCUGAAGAACUUCCUGCAGCCCCAGGGCCUCUCCCGCCACCCCCACCUCCGCCCCCGCCUGUUCCUGGUCCUGUGACGCUCCCUCCACCCCAGUUGGUCCCUGAAGGGACUCCUGGUGGGGGAGGACCCCCAGCCCUGGAAGAGGAUUUGACAGUUAUUAAUAUCAACAGCAGUGAUGAAGAGGAGGAGGAAGAGGAAGAAGAGGAGGAAGAAGAAGAGGAAGAGGAGGAAGAGGAGGAAGACUUUGAGGAAGAGGAAGAGGAUGAAGAGGAAUAUUUUGAAGAGGAAGAAGAGGAGGAAGAAGAGUUUGAGGAAGACUUUGAGGAAGAAGAAGGUGAGUUAGAGGAAGAAGAGGAAGAGGAGGAUGACGAGGAGGAGGAACUGGAAGACGUGGAAGACCUGGAGUUUGGCACAGCAGGAGGGGAGGUAGAAGAAGGUGCACCUCCACCCCCAACCCUGCCUCCGGCUCUGCCUCCCCCUGAGUCUCCCCCAAAGGUGCAGCCAGAACCCGAACCCGAACCCGGGCUGCUUUUGGAAGUGGAGGAGCCAGGGACGGAGGAGGAGCGUGGGGCUGACACAGCUCCCACCCUGGCCCCUGAAGCGCUCCCCUCCCAGGGAGAGGUGGAGAGGGAAGGGGAAAGCCCUGCAGCAGGGCCCCCUCCCCAGGAGCUUGUUGAAGAAGAGCCCUCUGCUCCCCCAACCCUGUUGGAAGAGGAGACUGAGGAUGGGAGUGACAAGGUGCAGCCCCCACCAGAGACACCUGCAGAAGAAGAGAUGGAGACAGAGACAGAGGCCGAAGCUCUCCAGGAAAAGGAGCAGGAUGACACAGCUGCCAUGCUGGCCGACUUCAUCGAUUGUCCCCCUGAUGAUGAGAAGCCACCACCUCCCACAGAGCCUGACUCCUAGCCAUCUUCUGCACCCCACUCUUUGUUUCCAAUAAAGUUAUGUCCUUAGAUAGCGA